GCUGCUCGGGGCGCCGCGGCCCUUCCCCGCUCCGGGCCCUGCGGCCUACCCGGCGGCCCGGCCCGAGGCACAGCCCCGCGGCGGAGCGGGGCCGGUGGCGCCCCGAGCAUCCCGCAGGAAAUCAGCUGCCGGGCAGCGGUGGUGAGAAUGGGGGACACAAGAGAUGUCUGUCCCCACCUGGAUUCCAUAGGGGAGGUGACCAGGGAUGAUCUGCUGCUCAAAUCCAAGGGAACCUGCCAGUCCUGUGGAGCUGUGGGACCAAACCUCUGGGCCUGUCUUCAGGUCGGGUGCCCCUACGUGGGCUGUGGGGAGUCCUUCGCCGACCACAGCACCCUGCACGCACAGGCCAAGAAGCACAACCUGACGGUGAACCUGACCACCUUCCGCGUCUGGUGCUACGCCUGCGAGCGGGAGGUGUUCCUGGAGCCUCGCCUGCCCCCUGCUGCCCCCACGGACUGCCCCCUGCCUGCUCACCCUCUGAGGGCUGUUCCCAUCGCAGUGGCCGACGAAGGCGAGUCUGAGUCCGAGGAUGAUGAUCUGAAACCAAGAGGCCUCGCCGGGAUGAAGAACCUCGGGAACUCCUGCUACAUGAACGCAGCGCUCCAGGCGCUCUCCAACUGCCCCCCCCUCACACAGUUCUUUCUGGAGUGCGGGGGCCUGGUGCGCACGGACAAGAAGCCAGCCCUGUGCAAGAGCUACCAGAAGCUGGUGUCGGAGCUUUGGCACAGGAGGCGACCCAGUUACGUCGUGCCCAGCAGCCUGUCCCAUGGCAUCAAACUGGUCAACCCCAUGUUCAGGGGCUAUGCUCAGCAGGACACUCAGGAGUUCCUGCGCUGCCUGAUGGAUCAGCUGCACGAGGAGCUGAAGGAGCCUCUGGCGGCCGAGAGCAGGCAGCUGGAGGGCGCCGAGCAGGAGGACAAGCGGGAGGGCGACCGCAGCCCCUCGGAGGACGAGUUCCUGUCCUGCGACUCCAGCAGCGACAGGGGCGAAGGCGAUGGUCAGAGCCGGACCUCCGGGGGCGUGAGCAGCAGCUCCCUGGCCGAGACUGAGCUGCUGAUCCAGGACGAGGCCGGCAGGGGCAUCUCGGAGAAGGAGAGGAUGAAGGACAGGAAGCUCUGCGGGCACCGGCGCAGCAACUCGGAGCAGGUGGACGAGGACGCAGAUGUUGACACUACCAUGAUGCCAGUGGAUGGCAGAGCCUCACCCGAGAUGCUGCCAGCUCCUGGUCCUGCCAGCCCGUGCAGGACACCAGAGCCUGACAACGACGCCUACGUGCGCUGCCCGUCGAGGCCCUGCAGCCCUGCCCACCCCGACCUGCACUCCAAGCUCUCCAGCAGCCCUCCGCGCUCCAGCCCGGCCAGGAUGGGCCCUGCCUACGUGCUGAAGAAAGCCCAGCUGCAGGCCUCUGGCAAGAAGAAGAAGGAGCUUCGCUACCGCAGUGUCAUCUCCGACAUCUUCGACGGCUCCAUCCUCAGCCUGGUGCAGUGCCUCACCUGUGACAGGGUCUCUACGACAGUGGAGACGUUCCAGGACCUGUCCCUCCCCAUCCCGGGGAAGGAGGACUUGGCCAAGCUGCACUCUGCCAUCUACCAGAACGUGCCAGCCAAGGCAGGGAGCUGUGGGGACAGCUACGCCUCCCAGGGCUGGAUUGCUUUCAUCAUGGACUACAUCCGCAGGUUCGUGGUGUCCUGCAUCCCCAGCUGGUUCUGGGGGCCUGUGGUGACCCUGGAGGACUGCCUGGCUGCCUUCUUCGCAGCAGAUGAGCUGAAGGGGGACAAUAUGUACAGCUGUGAGCGCUGCAAGAAGCUGCGGAAUGGAGUCAAAUACUGCAAGGUGCUGCGGCUGCCAGAGAUCCUCUGCAUCCACCUGAAGCGGUUCCGGCACGAGGUGAUGUACUCCUUCAAGAUCAGCAGCCAUGUCUCCUUCCCCCUGGAGGGGCUGGACCUGAGGCCCUUCCUGGCCAAGGAGUGUGUCUCCCAGAUCACCACCUACGACCUGCUCUCAGUCAUCUGUCACCACGGCACAGCAGGCAGUGGGCACUACACUGCCUACUGCCAGAACGUGAUCAACGGGCAGUGGUACGAGUUCGACGACCAGUACGUGAGCGAGGCACACGAGAGCGCGGUGCAGGGCGCCGAGGCCUAUGUCCUGUUCUACAGGAAGAGCAGCGAGGAGGCGGUGCGGGAGCGGCAGAAGGUGGUGUCGCUGGCCAGCAUGAAGGAGCACAGCCUGCUGCAGUUCUACAUCUCCAGGGAGUGGCUCAACAAGUUCAACACCUUCGCCGAGCCCGGGCCCAUCACCAACCAGACCUUCCUCUGCUCUCACGGGGGGAUCCCUCCCAACAAGUACCACUACAUUGACGACCUGGUGGUGAUCCUGCCCCAGAACGUGUGGGAGUAUCUCUACAACAGGUUUGGGGGAGGCCCUGCUGUGAACCACCUCUACGUGUGCUCCAUCUGCCAGGUGGAGAUCGAGGCCCUGGCCAAGCGCCGCCGCAUCGAAAUCGACACCUUCAUCAAGCUGAACAAGGCCUUCCAGGCAGAGGAGUCUCCCAGUGUCAUCUACUGCAUCAGCAUGCAGUGGUUCCGCGAGUGGGAGGCCUUUGUCAAGGGCAAGGACAAUGAGCCUCCUGGGCCCAUCGACAACAGCAAGAUCGCACUCACCAAAGCCGGGGGCCAUGUGCAAGUCAAGCAGGGCGCUGACUAUGGGCAGAUCUCUGAGGAGACCUGGACCUACCUGAGCACCCUGUACGGGGGGGGGCCCGAGAUUGCCAUCAGGCAGAGCCUGGCCCAGGCCCAGGAGCAGGAGGCCCUGCACGGGGAGCAGAAGAUCGAGGCGGAGACGCGAGCAGUGUGAGGAGCCCCUGGGAGCCAGCCCCCCCGAGGUGGCUGCAGCUCCUGCACCUCUCCUGGGGGGGCAGGGACCCUCCACUGUCCUGUCAUGUGGCUUUGGAUGUGGUGGUGCUGGGCAGGGUGGGGAGAAGAGCAGCUUCUCUGUGAGCCAGCUCUGGCAGCGUGGGGCAGGAGCCUGCAGCCGAGCUUCUCCAGGCUCUUGUGACCCAGGCCCUCUCCUGCUGGCUCCCAAGGACCCAGCACUUGCAGCUUGCCCCCUGUGCCCCCAGGCCCUGCCUCUCUGCAGGGUUGGCUUUGGGCACUUUGCUUUUCCUCUCCACUCUAUAAAUGCAAUGGAACAGAAGUUAUGGAACUCUUAGAGCAGGGCCAGAGGAGGCCACGAAGAUGAUCAGAGCCUGCAGCAGCUCUGCUGUGGGGACAGGCUGGGGGAGCUGGGGGGGUGCAGCCUGGAGAAGGCUCCAAGGACACCUUCUGGCAGCCUUCCAGUGUUUGAAGGGGGCUGCAGGAUUGCUGCAGAGGGACCUUGGGCAGAGGCCUGCAGCGGCAGGACAAGAGGGGAUGGCUCCUAAGUGGAAGAAACUGGAUUGGGAUGAGACAGGAGGGAGAAAGCCUUCCCCAGGAGGGUGCUGAGCACUGGGACAGGUUGUCCAGGGCAGCUGUGGAGGCUCCAAGCUUGUAAGUGAUGAAAGCCAUGGGGAAUGAGGCCUUGAGCAGCCUGGGCUGGGGGAGCUGUCCCCACCGUGGCAGGGGGUGAGACUGGAGGAUCUUUGGGGUCCCUUCCAGCCCCUUCCAUGAGUCUGUUUCCAGCAGUAGGGAAAUUGUUCCUUGGAGCUGGCCGAAGCCACAGAGGCUCCAGAUGGCUCUGUGCUGGUGCCAACACCUCCUGGCUUUGCUGCUCAUCUCAUUGCUGCCAGCAGCUAGCCCCUGCUGAGGGAGCCUCAUCCCUCCUCCCCCAGCCCCUAAAGCCAGACCUCGUUUGCUCCUUGCACCUGAGUCCCUGCUUGCAGAGAGCACCGCAGGGAGCUUCGCCUCCUGCCCUGGGCCUCCCCCCUAGCUCUGGGGGCAGCCCCCAGGGGUGGCCCAGGAGUGCCUUCAGCUGGGAGCUGACACAGGGCAGCUCUGGCACAGCCUUUAGGACUCCUUCAUCACUCUGUGCCCAGGCUGAGCCUGCUCCUGCUGGGAGCCUGGAGUUGUGCCCAGGCCUGAGGGGAUGCAGGGUGAGGGGCAGCCUUGGCCCUGGUGGGGGCAGAGGAGGAGUCACUGCUGGGGUCUCUCCUUGCCGUGUCCCUGUCAGCCCCUGUGUGUCCGUGGUGCCCCCAGGAGGCUGUGCAGCCCCUGCCCACCCUGCUGUGCUUGUGUCACACUGCUGAGACCGUGGUACAAUAAAGCCUCUGCAUUCA